UGAGAAGAGCGAGAUUAAUGCUUGGAUUUUCCUCUGUGUUGUGUUGUAAUGCGGUUUCCCUUUUUAAAGGCAGAUCGCUUCUCCUCUCGGGUAUUCCAGAGGUGUUGAUGCUCACAGCUGCCGUCGACACCACGGGACUCGACCUCCCAAGGCGCUGACCUCCAGAAUGGAGACCCCGACGCCAGGCCUCGUCCCCGGCCAGCAGGGGCGGAGCGCAAGCCUGGCCGAUCCAAGGUCAAACUCGAGUUGCGAACCGCAUGACGCAGCUGGUCACGUGACCCCGCCUCGCUCCUCGCUGACCUCUGACCUUGCGGAUAAUGCGUUGCAAAGGAGUCCCGGGCGGGGAGGGGAGGCGGGGGCGGACGACUUGGCGGCGAAACUCGACGGUCUCCGCAUCAUGCAGCAGCGCCCUUGGUACGUGUCGCAGCUAGAGACGCCGCCAGAGUCUGGGUCGCUCCGCCCGACGGCGACUGAGCGCGACCUCCGUCUCCGCCGCAGGAAUGACGUCACGCCCCCCAAGAGCGUCUGCGGCGCCCACGAGCCCGACCCGUGGAACCGCGUGUACGAGGGCCGGCGCUCGUCCUCGCGGCAGAGGUCGCCCUUGAGGGAGGAAGAGCUGACGCCGGAGACGGAGCGCCUGAAGGAGGUGAUGGGCUUCACGUCCUUCUUCUCCCCGAAAGAUCAAUGGCUUCAGAAGAGCUGUGCGUAUGACGAAGAGGAGGAAGGGCCAGCGGACUUAUUCCACUUGUAGUUUUUCAUUAUUUAUUUUUUUUAUUAUUAUUGUAAUUUUUAUAGUAAAGAUGCCUAAGUUCUAUUGCACUGUGUACUGAGGGAUCAUACAGCGAAAGAGGAAAACCUUAGGAUGAUGUGUUUAUUUUUUUCGAGAUUUAUACAUUAUACGGGUUUGUAUAAUGUAUAGAUAAAAGGUGUUAGUUUUAUUUGCUGUUUCGAGGAGAUAGAUGUGAGAGUAAAACGUUUUAGAUUAAAUGCAGCAGAAUGUGAUUGCGUUUCUCCUUUUCACAGGAUGGAGAUUUUCGAAUAAAUGUCUUUAUUUUGAGUAA